AUGAGUGUUGUUAAAGACAAUUCAACACGCUCAUCGACGUCUGAUGAAGAUGAAGACAAUCUCUCAGAAUACCAGGGAUUCGACAAUGGAGUAGGACACCAAGUUCUAAAUCUUGCUAGAACUGUUUCUCAUAGUGGUCUGAAUGUUGGCGGCACUUCAAUUUCCAGGGUGAAAACUUAUGAUUUGGCUCGUUAUUUGACCAACAUGUCUCAAGUUCCUGGGGAAGCACCUUACAAUGGUGACGUUGAUCCCCGCUUGGAUCCUGCACUGGACUUAUUUGAAGCUAAGUUUUGGGUUAAGAACAUGAGAAAGUUAAGAGACACUGAUCCAGACUACUACAAACCUUCCAAAUUGGGUGUUGCUUACCGUAACUUGAGAUGUAGCGGUAUUGCAAGUGACUCUGAUUAUCAACCUACCGUUACCAAUGGCCUUUGGAAGUAUAUGAUGGACGGCUCAAGAAUCUUGAAAAAACCCCCACAACUGGCUUACUUUGAUAUUCUAAAGCCAAUGGAUGGUCUUGUCAGACCUGGUGAAGUUACAGUUGUUUUGGGUAGACCUGGUUCUGGUUGUACCACACUUUUGCGUACACUUGCCUCUCAAACAUAUGGUUUUGAAGUUGACCCCAACUCAAUUAUCUCAUACGAUGGUUUAACACCCCACGAAAUCAAUACUAAUUAUAGAGGUGAGGUGAUUUAUUCUGCAGAAACUGAUAUCCAUUUCCCUCACUUGUCUGUUGGUGAUACUUUGGACUUUGCUGCCAGAUUGAGAACUCCUCAAAAUAGAGGUGACAUUGACAGAGAAGUAUACGCCCAACACAUGGCAUCCGUCUACAUGGCUAUGUACGGUUUGCUGCAUACCCGUAAUACCCAAGUUGGUAAUGAUUUUAUCAGAGGUGUCUCUGGUGGUGAACGUAAGAGAGUUUCCAUUGCCGAAGCUUCUUUAUCUGGUGCUAACCUUCAAUGUUGGGAUAAUGCUACUAGAGGGUUAGAUGCUGCCACUGCAUUGGAAUUCAUCAGAGCUUUGAAGACUUCUGCUACCAUUUUAGAAGCCACCCCAUUGAUUGCCAUAUAUCAAUGUUCUCAAGACGCUUAUGACUUGUUUGACAAUGCUGUUGUAUUGUAUGAAGGUUAUCAAAUCUACUUUGGUAAAACCAGUAGAGCUAAGGCAUAUUUUGAAGAGAUGGGUUACAUUUGUCCACAACGUCAAACCACAGCUGAUUUCUUGACUUCAUUGACCAACCCAGCCGAAAGAAUUGUCAAGCCUGGUUAUGAAAGCAAGGUACCUCGUACCGCUAAGGAAUUUGAUGAAUAUUGGAAGAGCUCUACAGACUACCAAAAGUUGUGUAGCAAGAUUGAUAAGUACAUUGAAGAAAACUCAACUGCAGAAAAUAAGGCUGCCUACCAUGAUUCCCACGUUGCUAGACAAUCGAAUCACAUUUCCUCCAAAUCACCUUACACUGUUUCAUUCAGUAUGCAAGUUAAGUACAUUAUGCAACGUAACUUCAAGAGAAUGAAAGGAGAUCCUUCCAUCCCCUUAUUUUCUGUUGUCGGUCAAGGUGUUAUGGGUUUGAUUUUAUCGUCUGUUUUUUACAAUUUAAAUCAAACUACUGGUUCUUUCUAUUAUCGUGGUGCUUCCCUUUUCUUUGCUGUUUUGUUCAACGCUUUUGGUUCUCUUUUGGAAAUUAUGUCACUUUUUGAAGCUAGACCAAUUGUCGAGAAACAGAAACAGUAUGCAUUAUAUCGUCCAUCUGCUGAUGCACUUGCAUCAAUUAUUACGGAAUUACCAGUGAAACUUGUGCAAUCUGCAGCUUUCAAUAUCAUUUUCUACUUUAUGGUUAACUUUAGAAGAACUGCUGGUGCUUUCUUUUUCUAUUGGUUGAUUUGUUUCACAUGUACUUUGGUCAUGUCUCAUUUAUUCCGUUCAAUUGGUGCUGUUUCGACGUCUAUUGCAGGUGCUAUGACCCCAGCAAAUGUUUUACUUAUGGCGAUGGUGAUUUACACUGGUUUCGUUAUUCCAACUCCUAAUAUGUUGGGUUGGUCCAGAUGGAUCAACUACAUCAACCCAGUCGGUUACGUCUUUGAGUCACUUAUGGUUAACGAGUUUAGUAACAGAGAGUUCAAAUGUGCUUCAUACGUUCCUAAUGGCCCCGGUUAUGUCGAGGGCCUGGACGCUACUGUUUGUAAUGUUGCUGGUUCUAAAGAAGGGAAUGCCUUUGUGAAUGGUUCCGAUUAUAUUGCCACUUCUUUCAAGUACUACAUCUCUCACAAAUGGAGAAACUGGGGUAUUGUUGUUGCUUAUGUGUUUUUCUUUUUGUUUAUUUACAUUUACUUGACAGAAAGUAACAAAGGUUCUAUGCAAAAGGGUGAAAUCACAUUCUUCCUUAGAGGUUCUUUAAAGAAGCAAAAGGAGAUGCACAGAAAGAGUGCCGAGAAACAAGGUGCUAUUGGUAAUUCUGAAAAGAAUGCCUUGGAUCAAGAUUUAGAGAUAGCUAGUUCAACUGUUGAAGAGAAAAUUAGUCACCGUGAUCAAAUAGAGGCUACAAAGGAAGCAACCGGUGAUAGUUCCGCAUCUGGAAGUGUCAAUGGAAGUAACAAUGAUAGAGAAAUCUUCCACUGGCGUGAUUUGACUUACCAAGUUAAGAUCAAAACUGAAGACAGAGUCAUUUUGAAUCAUGUUGACGGUUGGGUUAAGCCUGGUCAAAUUACCGCUUUAAUGGGUGCAUCUGGUGCCGGUAAAACCACAUUAUUGAACUGUUUGUCCGAACGUGUUACUACUGGUGUUAUCACCGAUGGUGUUAGAUUGGUCAAUGGUAAGCCAUUGGACAAUUCUUUCCAAAGAUCUAUUGGUUAUGCUCAGCAACAAGAUUUACACUUGCCAACCUCAACCGUCAGAGAAGCCUUGAGAUUCUCAGCUUAUUUGAGACAACCAUCUCAUGUAUCUAAGAAGGAAAAGGAGGACUACGUUGAGUACGUUAUUGACUUGUUGGAAAUGUACGAAUAUGCUGACGCAUUAGUCGGUGUUGCUGGUGAAGGUUUGAAUGUCGAGCAACGUAAGAGAUUGACUAUUGGUGUUGAAUUAGCUGCCAAACCAAAGUUGUUGCUUUUCUUGGAUGAACCUACUUCUGGUUUGGACUCUCAAACUGCUUGGGCCGUCUGUAAGUUGUUAAGAAAGUUGGCUGAUCACGGUCAAGCUAUUUUGUGUACAAUCCAUCAACCUUCAGCUAUUUUGCUAGAAGAAUUUGACCGUUUAUUAUUCUUGCAAAAAGGUGGUAAGACUGUUUACUUUGGUGAAUUAGGAAAGAACUUCAAGACUUUGACUGGUUACUUUGAAAAGUAUGGUGCUCAUCCAUGUCCUAAGGAGGCCAACCCUGCCGAAUGGAUGUUAGAAGUUAUUGGAGCUGCACCUGGGUCUCAUGCUAACCAAGACUACCAUGAAGUUUGGAAGAAUUCUACCGAAUACCAAGACGUUCAAAAUGAAUUAAACCGUAUGGAAAUCGAAUUAGGUGCUAUUCCAAAAGAAGAAGACCCUCAAUCUCACUUGAAAUAUGCUGCCAACAUGUGGACUCAAUACUAUUGCACAUCUAAGAGAGUGAUAGUUUCCUACUGGAGAACUCCUACUUACAUUUACUCCAAACUUUUCCUUUGUAUAUCUUCAUCCCUUUUCAAUGGGUUCUCGUUCUACAAAGCAGGUACUUCCAUCCAAGGGUUACAGAAUCAAAUGUUUUCCGUCUUCAUGUCAUACAUUCCCUUCAAUACUUUGGUGCAGCAAAUGUUGCCAUACUUUGUGAGUGCUCGUGAUUUAUAUGAAGUUAGAGAAGCUCCUUCUCGUACUUUCAGUUGGGUUGCCUUCAUUGCAGCUCAAAUCACAGCUGAAAUUCCCUUCCAAAUCGUUGUGGGUACCUUAUCAUUCUUCACUUGGUACUACCCUGUCGGAUUGCAACAGAAUGCUACAUACACCAAUGCCGUUAAUGAAAGAGGUGUAUUAGUUUGGUUGCUUAUUACAGGUUUCUAUGUCUACACCAGUACUAUGGGUCAGAUGUGUAUUGCCUUCAUAGAGUUGGCAGAUAACGCUGCUAACUUGUGUGUUUUGUUGUUCAGUAUGUGUUUGAACUUCUGUGGUGUCUUAGCUGGUCCUGAUGCUUUACCAGGUUUCUGGAUCUUCAUGUACCGCUGCAACCCAUUUACUUACAAUGUUCAAGGUAUUUUAGCCGGUUCUUUGGCCAACGCCCCUGUCGUGUGUAAGUCAAACGAGUUGGUUUCGCUUACUCCUCCAAAUGGUCAAACAUGUGGUGAAUACAUGUCUAACUAUAUAUCUGCCAAUGGUGGGUACCUUGUUAAUGAGCUGGCUACCAGUAAUUGUGAGUUCUGUUCUUUAAAUAGUACCAACCAGUUCUUACGAAGUGUCAGUACAUUAUACAGUGAGAGGUGGAGAAACCUUGGUAUUUUCCUUUGUUUCAUUGCUGUUAACAUUAUUGGUACUUUUGCUUUUUACUGGUUGGCCAGAGUGCCAAAGGGUAACAGAGAAAAGAAGAAGUAA